AUGAGUUAUUUUACCUUCCCUUGUUUAUUAAAGGCUACGGAAAGAUAUUACAUUAACUUAAAAUAUUCCUUUAGUGGGGCUAGUAAUCGAACUCUUUCUUUUUCGACUAAAGUAUCUACACCUAAUGCCUUGAAUGGACAACUUCCUUUUAGAAAACGUUUAAAAAACACCCCUGUGGUUUCCUCUAUACGAAAGAGGGUGGAUGAACUAGAUUUAGGGAAGAGAACAAGAAGAAGACUUAAUAACUGUGUUUUAAACGCCCUCAAGCACAAUAUUUCUGAGAAGCUUUUUAUUUGCAAGCUAGAGAAAGUGGCUUCUACUGCCUUGUUUGACUCUCUUAAAUCUUCAGAUGUUCCAGAGUUUGCUUUUUGCGGCCGCUCCAACGUUGGUAAGUCAACAUUGCUAAAUUUAAUAAGUAAGUCGAAACCGGCUGUGGUUUCUAACAGCCCAGGAGAAACAAAAAGGAUAGACGUGUAUACGUUGCAGAACAAAAUCAAUUUUACUGACUUGCCUGGCUAUGGCUUUGCAUAUGCCCACGAAGAAGAAAGAAGAUGUUGGUUGCACGCUGUGCAAAGAUAUCUUUGUGAAAGAAAAAACUUACGUUUAAUUUUCGCUUUAGUUGAUUCACGGCAUGGUUUUAAAUCUAUUGAUAAGGAGUUUUUAAACUUUUUAGAUCGGUAUAACGCCAAUUAUCGGGUAAUACUAACAAAAUGCGAUCUACCGAAUGCGGAUAAUCUUUACAGAGUUAUUCACGGGGUUGAAGAAAGUCUGAAAGCGAGGCUGCACCCGUAUCCUUGUCUUUUGAUUAGCCGGCAAAGUAUCCAGAGCAUAGAAUCUUUUAGAAAGUAUCUUUUGGUCAAGUCAGGAUUAAAUCGAUAAGGACAGCAAAUUCUUUAUAGUCGAUUAGUCCAUCACCAUUUGAGUCAGCAACGUUAAUCAUGUCCUCAAUCUUUUUAGCGCCGCUUAGAGUAGUUAUUAACUGCAAGCGGAGGGUUAUAACUUCAUUACUUCUCGAUCUGUCAGAUUCUCUCCCAUGCAGGACAUUAAAUGCCUUAGCUCUGCUGGACUUAUAAAUCUAAAAAAGUUACGUUACUAUAUACUAUUUUCAUGGAAUAUAAUUACUUAAGUAAAUUACCCAUCGUUGUC